ACGACGUGCUUCGGCACUUUUGACAGUUAGCAUUGUAGCUAGGUGUUGCUAGCUAGCUGAAAAUCUCCCGAUAAAAUGUCCAUAAAACAGUCUGCGCAAAGUUAAAACGACGGUGUGCCGAGAACUCAUCACUGUCCAAGGAUGUUUUCAUCCGUCUGGAAUUUUGUUAAACGCCACAAAAGGAAAUUAAUUUUCACCGGAGCUGUAGUUGGAGGACUAUACUUCCUGGGUAAAUAUGCGCAGAAGAAGAUUAGGGACAUCCAGGAGAAGGAGGCGACGGAGUACAUCGCUCAGGCCAGACGACAAUUUCACUUUGAAAGCAACCUGAGGACCUGCAACAUGACCGUGCUGUCCAUGCUCCCUCCACUGAAGGAAGCCAUCAUUAAUCAACUGAAUUCAGAAAGCCUCACUGCACUACUCAAGACCAAACCAGCCAACAAGCUGGAAAUCUGGGAUGACUUAAAAAUCAUCAGUUUCACUCGCACCAUCGUGGCGGUGUACAGCACCUGCAUGCUGGUGGUUCUGCUGAGAGUCCAGCUGAACAUCAUAGGAGGAUACCUGUACCUGGACAACUCUAUAGGCAAGAACACGACGACUCCCCUGGCUCCCCCAGACGUCCAGCAGCAGUACCUGUCUAGUAUUCAACAUCUACUGGGAGAUGGUUUGACAGAGUUGAUGACAGUAGUGAAGAAAGCUGUGCAGAACUCUCUGGGAGGCAUGUCUCUGAAGCAGAGCCUGUCUAUGCUGGAGUUGGAGCAGCAGUUGAGCUGGAUCAGGGCGGAGGUGGAGGCCGGCUCUGAGCGGCCGCUGUCCUGGUACAUGCUGGCUGACGACGAGAACGCGCUCGCUGACCAGGCGUGUGGGUUGACAGAAAACGACGCUGUGACCAUCAGACUGUUAAACGAGACUAGAGACAUGUUGGAAAGUCCAGACUUCACUACCGUCUUGAACACCUGUCUGAACCGGGGCUUCUCUCGUCUUCUUGACAACCUGGCCGAGUUCUUCCGCCCACCUCCCGGUGACUCCGCCCCCAGCUCUGCACCUGAUAGUCUGUCCGCAGUCAGUCUGCCGCUGGCGAAGAUCAUCCCCAUCAUCAACGGUCAGAUCAACACCAUCUGCAGCGAGACUCCCAGCCACUAUGUUCAGGACUUGCUGAUGAACGACCAGGUAAAGGAGUUUGCGGCCAACGUUUAUGAGACGUUCAGCACGCCGCAGGAGCUGCAGAAAUAAUCAGCCAAGCAUGAUAAGAAGAGGGAGAAUUCAAGAGGAAGAAAAGAGGGAUGGAAACAAAAAUUAUAUAAUUCCUGGACUGUUAAUCCCUCCUUUCUUUUCAUGAGACACUUUUCUCCCCCCAAAUCCUGCAGACUUUUCACUCUGAAAUGUCCGCAACGGGAGCAUCUGUGUCUCGUCUGAACGGCGCCAUUUUGGAUUAUUGAAGUGGUGGAAGAAGAAAAGACUUGUGGUCGGUUUGUAGUCACAGCAGAAUCUGUAUUUAACACCAGGGGCCGCUGCAUCUUGGGAAUUGCAGCCAUAUUUAACCUGAUAAUGCGGUGUUAUUUACCAUAAGGUGGGAAAACACACUGACACUGUCAGUGUGGUGAAGGAUCGGUCACUACCGUUCAGAGCUGCUCUCCACUUUUUCAACAAGAGGAUACUGAAAUAUAUUCAGUUUAUUAUGUUGCAGAUUUUAGGAUGAUUUUCCACUUUCCAUCAGCAGUGGUGUUUUAUGUCUGGUCACGUUUCGAGCUGUUCGGUCUGCACAUUGGCAGGUUUUAGACAUCAGAAGAGUUUACAAAGAGUAAAGAUUUUUUUUUUUUUUUUUUUUCACAACUUAAUCCAGGUGGUAGAGAUGUGUGUGGGCUGAGGAAUACACGGUGGGGAUUUGUUUUCUGUUUUUGCUAAUAUUCAGUGAUUUUAUAUUUGACCAUUUUUGUAUUUUCUUGUCUUGUUGGUAGAAAAAAUCUGCAGCAAUUUGUGGGAUAACUUCAAACAAAAUGUUGUAUUAGCAAAACCGAUGUCACUGAUUCAUUUGAAAUUAAAUAUGUAGUCUUAACAGCAACUUAUCAGAGGAGGAGGACCUUUUUAAGUGGUCAAAAUCUUAUUUAAUAAAACACCAAUAUUAACAAA